AUGAGUCCCGGGGAUGCCCGAGGGGCAGCCGCUGAGGCCGCCGAAGGGUUCAGGCCAGCGGAGUUCGGUGGAUUAUCCAGCUGCAGCAGUGAUGAGAAGGAGAAGAUUUUUAGCGUGGAUAUGGAAAAAAGCAGCAGCAGCUUGUGCUUGUUUUAUUUGGAUGAGGAGGAAAUGUUUGAUAUGCCAAGGUUGAUUGAUAACAUGGCUCAAGGGCUUCUUCUUUCUCCACCUCAAUGCUCAGCUGGCUACUUGAACUGGGAUGACAUGGAAACGGAAGCUGAUGCCAAACUAUGGAGUUUCUCUAUCUGA